ACACACACACACACACACACACUGCUGUCAGGCUACAGUCCGGAGGCUAACCAUGCUAACAGACACACACACUGCUAUCAGGCUACAGUCCGGAGGCUAACCAUGCUAACAGACACACACACACACACACACACUGCUGUCAGGCUACAGUCCGGAGGCUAACCAUGCUAACAGACACACACACACACACACUGCUAUCAGGCUACAGUCCGGAGGCUAACAGCUCUCACAAACAGGGCGCUAGCAGAAGCUAACUAUGCUAACAGACUCAGGCAGUUCGGGAUAUUGUGAGCUGCUGUUCAACAAAACAACCAGUUAAUCUUCAUCACUAAAGUCUCUUCUUGUUCAUGUAGAAAAUGCUUUCCGAAAACACUACUGAUAAAAUAUGAAUCUGAUAUUUAUAUUUUUAAACCGUAUUAAUCUAACUAACAGGUUGUGUUAAGUGUCCGCCUGGUGAACAGCCGCUGUUAGCCUUUUAGCUAACGGACCGUCAUGACUGCUUUGAUGUAUUAAAACAACAGUGUCCUUACACUGUGUACACAGUAUUAGCAGGUACUGUCACCUGUGUGUCCGCCUGCUGUUCUUCUUCUGUGGUUCGCGUUUGGCUGCUGCAGUUUAUAAAGGACUCCUAUCUGCACUCAGUGGCCACUUUAUUAGGUACACCUAGUUACAGGUAUUUCCGCAUUGAUAUGAACGUGAUGGACACAACAACAGAAACACCUGUCAGUCUAAAACAGUACAGAUCAACAAAACGAUCCUUCAGGCUGUUUGGACCAAUCAGGGCUCAGACUGUAGACUUGAGUUCUCUACAGCAGCAUCAACAGGAAGUGCCUCAAAUGAAACCACUUCAGUUUGUCUCUGAUCCAGGUCAGCUGUUGAAGGAUCCGCAGGUGCUGUUCGCUGGUUAUAAAGUUCCUCAUCCUCUGGAACACAAGAUCGUCAUCAGAGUGCAGACCACACCUGACUACAGUCCGCAGGAAGCGUUCACGAACGCCAUCACUGACCUCAUCAGCGAGCUCUCUCUGCUGGAGGAACGCUUCAGAGUCGCCAUCAAGGACAAACAGGAAGGGAUUGAGUGACGCUCCGCCCUCCUCGUGAUGUCAUUUCCUGUUUGCUUGGUUUAUUUUUAUAAAUAAAGUGUGUGAUGUCACAA